UCUUGCCCCGCCCCCUACAGUGCUCAUAGGGCUGACGUGUCUGCUGGUCCUCGGCGUCUCCGCGAGUCCGGCAGCGAUGGCGGAUGCCUGGGAAGAGAUUAGGCGGUUGGCUGCUGACUUCCAGCGGGCGCAGUUCGCCGAGGCCACGCAGAGAUUGUCAGAGCGGAACUGUAUUGAGAUUGUGAAUAAACUGAUUGCUCAGAAACAGCUAGAAGUAGUUCACACACUUGAUGGAAAAGAAUAUAUUACUCCAGCUCAGAUUAGUAAGGAAAUGAAAGAUGAGCUGCAUGUCCGAGGCGGUCGAGUUAACAUUGUUGAUCUACAACAGGUAAUUAAUGUUGAUUUGACUCAUAUUGAAAAUAGAAUUAGUGACAUUGUUAAAUCAGAAAAACACGUCCAUGUGGUUCUGGGACAGCUAAUAGAUGAGAGCUAUUUGGAUCGGUUAGCAGAAGAGGUAAAUGAUAAAUUGCAAGAAAGUGGUCAAGUAACCAUUUCAGAAUUGUGUAAAACCUAUGAUCUUCCUGGAAACUUUCUAACACAGGCGCUAACUCAGCGACUCGGUAAAAUUAUUAAUGGACGUCUUGAUCUUGAUAACAGAGGAGUCAUUUUCACUGAAUCCUUUGUAGCUCGACAUAAAGCACGCAUUCGUGGACUAUUUAGUGCUAUUACCCGGCCAACUGCAGUGAAUUCUCUGAUUUCAAAAUAUGGGUUUCAGGAGCAGCUUCUUUACUCUGUACUUGAAGAACUUGUUAAUUGUGGACGCUUACGAGGCACAGUGGUUGGUGGAAGACAGGAUAAAGCAUUGUUUGUCCCUGACAUCUACUCCAGGACACAGAAUGCUUGGGUGGAUUCUUUUUUCAGGCAGAAUGGCUAUCUCGAAUUUGACGCUUUAUCCCGACUUGGAAUCCCAGAUGCUGUAAACUACAUAAAGAAAAGAUAUAAGACUACACAACUCUUAUUUUUGAAAGCAGCUUGUGUUGGUCAAGGACUUGUGGAUCAAGUGGAAGCAUCAGUAGAAGAAGCCAUCAGCUCUGGAAGUUGGGUUGAUAUUUCACCCCUGCUACCCAGUUCUUUAUCCAUUGAAGAUGCUGCCAUGUUGCUUCAACAGGUGAUGAGAGCAUUCAACAAACAGGCUUCAGGUGUAAUUUUUAGCAACACUGUUGUGGUCAGUGAAAAAUUUAUAAAUGACUGUAUAGAACUGUUCAGUGAACAGAUGCACCAAAAAGCUGAAAAGGAAAUAAGAAAUAAUCCUGUGCAUUUAAUCACUGAAGAAGAUCUGAAACAAGUCUCCAUUUUAGAAAAUGUUAACACAAAUAAAAAGGAUAAAAAAGAUGAGCGCAGGAGGAAAGCAACAGAGGGCAGUGGAAGUGUGAGAGGAGGAGGUGGGGGCAAUGCCAGAGAAUACAAAAUUAAAAAAAUCAAGAAGAAAGGAAGAAAAGAGGAUGACAGUGAUGACGAGUCCCAGUCAUCCCAUGGAAAGAAGAAACCAGUGAUAACUUUUAUGUUCCAAGAAGAGAUUGAAGAGUUUUUAAGCAAACACAUGCAAGAUGCCCCUGAAGAAUUUAUUGUUGAGCUUGCUGAGUACUUAAUGAAACCUCUUAACAAAACCUACCUCGAGGUGGUACGUUCAGUAUUCAUGUCUUCAACCUCUGCUUCUGGAACUGGUAGAAAACGCACAAUCAAGGAUUUACAAGAAGAGGUUUCAAACCUCUACAAUAAUAUUAGAUUGUUUGAAAAGGGGAUGAAGCUUUUUGCAGCUGACACACAGGCUGCUCUUACCAAGCACUUGUUGAAGACAGUGUGUACUGAUAUCACAAACCUCAUUUUCAACUUCUUAGCUUCAGAUUUAAUGAUGGCAGUAGACUGUCCUGCAACCAUUACGAGUGAAGUAAGAAAAAAAAUUUUAAGUAAAUUGUCAGAAGAGACCAAAGUAACACUCACAAAACUCCACAACUCUCUGAAUGAAAAAAGCAUAGACGACUUUUUUUCUUGUUUGGACUCUGCAGCAGAAGCUUGUGAUAUCAUGGUGAAAAAGGGGGACAAAAGGAAGGAAAGGCAGAUAAUGUUCCAGCAUCGACAAGCACUGUUUGAACAGCUAAAGGUCACAGAAGACCCUGCUCUUAUUCUGCACCUUACAUCAGUUCUCUUGUUUCAGUUCUCAACCCACAGCAUGCUCCACGCACCUGGAAGAUGUGUCCCACAGAUCAUUGCUUUUCUCAGUAACAAAAUCCCAGAGGAUCAGCACGCUCUUUUGGUAAAGUAUCAAAGUUUGGUUGUAAAGCAGUUAGUAAGCCAAAAGAAGACUGGGCAGGCAGAGGAUUCCUUGAGUGAAGAAUUAGACAAAGAGCAACAUGAUGUCACCAAUACCACUCGUAAAGAGCUCCAAGAACUUGCUUCUUCCAUUAAAGACCUUGUUUUCAAAUCCAGGAAAUCAUCUGUGACAGAAGAGUAAUAACUGAAUUUGAUAUAUAGUGAACAUUUUUCCCAAAGUUAAAGUUACAAUAGAGAGACUGGAAUAGAUGCCCACCCCUUCCUGCUGCAGCUACAGAGCCAUCUGUUUUUAAAGAAAAACUACCUCUGGCCAUCUGAAUGACCCAGUAAGUGGUAGCACAUAUUAUCAAAAUCAUAGUGCAUUUUGAUAAAAGACUCUAAAUUGUUAAAGUCCCCUGUGCUAUAUUAGAACAAUAAAAUAAUUGUUGCAUAAUUUUGUUAUAACCUAAAACGAUCCCCAGCCCCAUCUCGAGUUUCAAAACAAAACUGGUUUUAAAAAGCAGCACUAAUUUAUUUUUACCCGGGGCCCAGCGACACAGGGCAGCUGGAGACUGCCAAAGCUGUGUGUCCCCUCCCCAUACUUGCAGCCUAUAUAUAUAUAUAUAUAUAUAUAUAUAUCACUGUUUACAAAGUAAGGGGUUUGGGCAGAUCAGGAGAUAGGCUAAUGGAGAAAAUCCUGUUUUCCUCAGCAGAGAACAGAGAAGUCUAGCAGCAAUUAACAACCUUUUGUUACCUUAUUUUAGCACCACAUCUGUUAUUUGUAGUGGGCAGCAAUGGUUAACAUUAUCAAUUAGGUUAGGACCCCAGGGAUUUACAUUUUUAGAGGAGGGCAUUGAUUAAGGUAUCAAUUAGGUCACCCAGAGGGAGGAGGGAGAAGGGACAAGGGGAAGUGAAACAUAGAUACAGAACAGUUAGGGUCCCGUUUACAGGUAUUUUGGCAUAAUACAAACAUAACAAGAUUCUUUUUCCUAGUGUACAACAAUUUAAAUACAGAACUAUCUUGAACUUCCUCAAGAAGUGCUUUAGUAAGAUCAGAAAGUACCGAGGAUGAGGUCAAGGUGUGCUGCAGUGACAUAGAGGAUACUGUAGUCCAUAGAUGGAUGGAAAUGCUUCCAUUACUUUUUCAGGAAUGCCACUCAACCUUUGUGCAGAUGUGACUGUUUUCUGCUAGUAGCAUGAUUGAUGUUAGUUGGUGAAGUUGAGAGGAUGGAAAGUUCUCUCUUUUGCUGUAACAAAUGAAGUUUUGUCUCUGUUCACAUGGGAGAGAAGAUAAUAUGUAAAACUCAGGUAUACAUUUAACUGAAAAUCUGGAAAUUUUUGUUUUAUGGGAUGGGAGCCACCUCAGGGCUUCACAUGUGCUAAGCGCUAGCACUAUAUUACUGAGUUUUAUCCCUACAUCCAAGACACUCAUAAAGUAGCUAUUAAAGUGACUUCUACAGUUGGACCUUCAAGUCUGCACUAACCAAAUGAAGAACAAAUAGAAGAGACUAUGCUCAAAAUGUAACUGACCUGCAGGCUUUCAGAAGAAAGUUUUUAAUCCCACUGACAUCACAAAAAACAACUACAUUAAGAAUGUGUUGAUUUCUGUCCCCCCCUAGUAUUGUAUUGUUUCACCACAUUUUCCCCGUAUUGUAUCUCUGUGUCUUAAAUCUAAUCAGUCAUCCUUGCUCUUUGUUUUGAAGAGCAGGCAGCAUGGGCUUAUGCUGAUGAUGUAAUGGAUGAAAGAGAGGACUUAGUGGGUUUAAAACUUCGGAUCAGCAAUUUCCUGGAUCUUGUAUUACAGCUGAAUACUAGGAAUACAAAUGUAAAUUUAAAAAAUAUUCUUUUUUUUUUUUAAACAGGUGGCUAUAGUCACCAAUUAAAGUUUAAUUUAGUAUUUUGACAGAAGUGAAAAGAAGGUGCUAUGGGAGACAAAGUGGAAUUCAGUCUCAAAGCAGAAAAACUAGUUGUUACCUAAGCCCUGAAAGAAAAAGUAGGAUUGGCUUCAAACAAAUAGGAGAAGGAAAGGAGUGUCUUUCUGGGCAGAGAAAAGGAGGUACAGAAGUACUGUGACAUGAAUUACCAUGACAUGGACAUUUGGGAAGGCGCAUCGUAUGAGAAAUAAGGAAAGUCAUCUGUAGAAGUAACAAGAUACAGUGGAGCGACCAGCAGGAUAUCCUGCAAUGCCUUGUGCAGUAAUACAAAAAGUUUAACUGUUAUCCUGAAAAUAUACAGAACCCUUAAAAGAUUAAAUAAGCCAGGAAGAUAAGGUGAUUUGACUUCUCCUUUAACAAAGACCUAUUCUCUUCUGGAAGGCAUUUUUUAAUUUACUAGAAUCCUGUAAAAUUACAUAGUGUGAUAGUUCAGACCCCGGAAUAAAAUCCAAGGAAGCAAGAAAUUAAAUUUGGGGAGCAAAGGCUUUAUUUAGGCCAGGCCUGGCAACGAGUCUCUGGGAGCCAAUUUGGAGACUGUGUGCCACAGAGACUGAAGGAAGGGCUUUUAACAGCAGGGGAGGGAGAAAAAAACAAACCCGCAGAGCCAUGAAGCUGUUGACUCAAGUCUGGAAACUGUAAAGCUGCCCACUUAGUUCUGAUAAUAUCAGGAGCCUUUGGCGCCUUUUAAGUUACUCCCAUUCUGCAGAUAAAUAUUAUCUCAGAAUAGCACAUCUGCAGUAACAUUCAGGAAGGUUAAUUAUUGGACAGCUUGCUAGCAAUAACAUGUGGAAGGGGGGAGGCAGUUAAUUAUCUCGGGACAGCUCGUUAACACAUGUGGGAAGGGGUCGAAAGUUACAAGAAGCUGAAACUUAAGUUUUUACAAGGAUUUGGAACUUAACCCUUUUGGUGCAUUAGGGUUAAUCCACAACAUUUUUGUAAUUUCCUUGAGGUUAAGCAUUUCUUAAGAACAGCGCAAUUAGCACAUUUUAUGACAGACCACCACCGGGUAGGGAAAGGGGGAAGGCAGUGCGGCACAUUACAGAACAGAAAAUAUGGUGAGAUUACAUUCCUUGGGGAGAGCAAGGUCAGGUAAGGGUGGUGCUAACAAGCAAGUCUCCCUGCAUACAAGCAAGUUUAGGUAAGAAGAAAUCCUGUUUUCCUCAGCAGAGAAUGGGGAAGUCUAGGAGUAAUUAACAACUCCUGUUAGCUUAUCUUAUUACCGCAUCUGUUAUUUGUAGAGGGCAACAAUGGUUAACAUUUCAGAUAGGUAAGGUUUUGCAAUUCUUUACAGAGAAGAGCAUUGAUUAACAUAUCAAUUAGGUCACCCAGAGGGAAAAGGAAAACACAUACACAGUAAGGCCAGGUUACAGGCUUUGCUAUAGUACACAUAAAACGAAGUUAUUUUUCUUAGAGUACAACAAUAGUAGUUGUGAAAAUCAAAUUCUCUUCUGCCAGGUAGAUGUUAAACUGUACUCCUCUAGGAGAGAGACAGUGUCUCACACAGAAAGGCAGCAGUCUUCCUGACUCUAAAAUAGUUUGUGUAUUCAGAGGCUAGUCCACCAAAGAAACACCAAAAACUGGAAGUCCCGAAAGUUGUCAGUUUUUUCUUUUCACUGUAAAGUGAAAGUGGUUUGUCAAAUUGUUUGAUAAGGGCUAGUAAGGACUACUGGACCUGUAAGCCCUUCUCCGAUCUGUUAUAUAGACCUCAAAAUUCGGUAUGUACUUGAAGGCCUGAAAUGAGAUUUACACACAAAAUGCAGUUGCUUAAAUAGUACCUAAUAAAAGUAAAUAAAGUGAA